AUGUCUUCGGAUGAUGACUUGGACUUUGCAGACAUCAAUGUAAAUGAUAUCUUUCAAGGCGUGAAUCUGGACGAGAUCGAGAAGCAAGCUCAAAAACAAGUGUUUUCUCAGAGACCCGCCCAGAUUUCGUCUCCAAGCGUUCAAACGACCCUUGUAAACCCGUUGGACUCACAGGUCCCGUUGUCUCAAACAAUAGACUAUGAAAGUCUGGGUGCUGAUGACCUUCAAAAGCAAUUACUAAUAAGAGGCGGUGAGAAUGCAAUUCUACGCUCAAAUAUCGCCAAACAAGCAGAACAAAACAACUUGACGCUAGAGUCUCUAAACAGGUCUAUUCAUCAGCAGCAAGAAUCUUAUCAAAAAAAGCUGGAAGAACUUCAAAAGGAGAUUGAGUAUGCGAAAACGAAAUCUCUGUUUCAUGAGCGGGAAGCCCAAGAAGCCGUGGAGUCCAUGAAGAAACUGCAACGGGAUCCGAAACCAUCAUCAGUUUCACUGGGGUCUUCUCAAAGAACCAGCACAGAUGGUUUUCCAAGCGUGGACCAUUUGUUUCCUUCUACCUCUCAGGCAGAUCCAACUCAUAGAGCGAAAACAGCACCAAAAGCAGGGACACUAAAGAAAAAACGAAAAGUAUCAUUACCACAGCAUGUAGAGGGGGCAAAGUCGAAAGAAUCGAAUGCGCAGCACGAAACGUCUUUUCCGAUGCAUUCCGACAAAAUGAUACAAGAGCUGUUUGUUUUCCAAAAAAGAGAGGAAAUUUUGUUUUUGUCUCGAAAUCUGACAAAUAUUUUGAAUUGUUACUCACUUUUGUUUGAGGAAUUCAAAUCCUUUCCUUCCUGUUUUAAACUUUAUGGAUCGUUAUGCAACUACAUAUACAAUUCUGAUCUAUCAUCAGAGUAUGACGAAUAUCAAAAUUCUGUUAUUCAAGCUAUUGCCAGCCUUAUUCAAAUGGCCACCAACAACGAGGUUUUUGGACCACUACGCGGCCUUGUUCAACUCUUGGAGGGCCUUGUUUUCUUUGAUCCUGACAGUUGUGUUUUACUCUUACAUGCGCGCAUUCCAGCUUUGGUCGGUAAUGCUAUCAUUGUCAUUGCUUCUAAAAGUGAUGCCAAUUCCUUAAAAGAUCUUCAACCUCUCGCCCAAUUUUUGCGAUUCUAUAUGCCGGUUGUGUCCGAUUUAGCCCCAUCCAAAUUUGAGGAAGUAUCUGGACAAGUAAAGCAUGAAGUAUUUCAGCAUUGCUUACAAAUUCAUGAUUCGUUUGUUUUAAUCAAAGAAGGGAUAUUGUUGCUCAUGAGUUCCAUGACAGUUUCUUAUUGUGCAUCCAUUAAAUUUGUAAACACAGACGAAACAGGGCGAGAUUUGAUAUUUCGGUUGAUUACUACAAUUUCUAAUAUAUUUGUGGAACCUACACGAGAAGAGAAUGAUGUCUAUUCCAUUUUAAAAUGGAAAGAGAUUCAUCGCACGAUUUUAUCCCUGUUUACGAAUUUUUUACAAAAGAACCGAACGAUCACAACUGAAGUCCUUCGCAAUUGUUAUCCAGUAAUACCUUCCUUUGCUCUUGGUUUAUGUUGGUACCAUCAUCGGCUGCUGAGUGCUAUGUUUGACACAGCAGAUACCGCUGAAAUAUUAAUGUCCAUUAUUCGACUUUUGUAUUUAAUCGCUCCGGCUGACUUGUCUUCCCGACUCAUGAGCGCCGGAAACGGCCUCCAUUCAAGGUUCAUUUAUUCCUUGGCUUCGUGUACUUUUGGCGAUUUGGAAAACCACUUAUUUGGUGACGACGCGUCAGAAACUGCUUCUUUAGGUUCUCAACUAUUGGAAAUUUGCUUGUCUCCAGAAGAAUUGGAGCAAUUGUACAACAAUUUUUGA